UUGUUUCUGAUAGUCGUGUCUCCUCUCUUUCUGGGUUUGUUUAGGAACCAUGGGUGGUUUGACCUAAACAGCUCUAGGAGAGAGUUUUCCCUUAUAUAUUAAAAUUCCUCUAGUAUAUAUUUCAUGUAAGCUUUGUUAUAAACAAGUCAUUAGGUUUCAUUAAUCUCCUUUUCAAAAACAAUGUAUCAUAAACCUGUGCAAUGAGUCUGAUCCACCGUUGCGUUGCCAGUUUGCAGCUGGAACAACCAACGAACACCUGCAAGUGAUUCAAGACAUCGAUGAGCUUGACCUGGACAAUCAGCUAGGCGUCGCGGAUUACAUUGAGGAUAUCUACAACUUCUACAAAGUUGCCGAGGUAACCGCAUAAUUAACUCUUACGUAGCGUGUGCAAAAACCUUGUGAUAUGUUGCUUGUCUCUGAAAGUCUGAAUCUGAAGUCGAUCUUUGCUGUCCGUUGCAGAACGAGUGCCGCCCCUGCGACUACAUGGACUCCCAGGUGGACAUCGACUCGAGGAAGCGGGGCGCCCUCGUCGACUGGAUAAUAAGAGUGCAUGAAAAGCUUGAGCUCAUGCCGGAGACCCUCUACCUUGCGGUGUACAUCAUCGACCGGUACCUCUCGAUGCAGCGGCCCGUGCUUCGAAGUGAGCUGCAGAUGGUAUGCGCCUCGGCCCUGCUGAUCGCUUGCAAGUACGAGGAGGAGGACGCCUGGGAUCCAGAGGUGGAGGUUUUCGUCUAUAUAUUAAACGACGUCUACACCAGGGAGCAGAUACUGGGGACGGAGAUGGCCAUUCUGAACAAGCUUGAAUGGAACCUGUCAGUUCCUACACAUUACGUGUUCCUCUCGCGCUUUGCCAGGGCCGCGUCCUCCUCACAUCUGAAGAACGACGAGGAGAUGGAGAACAUGGUGUUCUUUUUUGCUGAACUGGCGCUGCUGCAAUAUGCGCUGGUGCCGUCCAAGCCCUCCAUGGUUGCUGCCGCUGCUGCCUAUGCAGCCAGGCUCACACUCAAGAAGACGCCUCUAUGGACUGAGACUCUCGAGCACCAUACUGGCUUUACCGAGUCUCAGCUAAUGGAUAGUGUAAAGAUCCUGGUGACCGCACACUCGGCUGCACCUGAGAGCAAGUUGAAGGUGGUUUAUGAGAAGUAUUCCAGCGAAAAGUUGGGAGGAGUUGCCCUGCGCCCACCUGCAAUCGACUUCUGCAAAUAA